UCCAUCACUCCAAUAGGUCUUCCUUUUCCCUGUAUGAUCAAUAUAACUCCACUUCUUCCUUAUUAAACCAAAACACACCUUCCUAUCCGCUUUUGCUCUGCAUUUUGCAUUCCCCUUCCUUCAUUUCCUCCGAUUUCCAAAGAAGAAACCAUGGCUGAGAUUGCAACCAUUUUUGUCUCUCCCUUCCUUCAAGUGUUUUUUGAAAAAAUGGCAUCUGGUGACUUCGUUGACUUCUUUCGGCAACGAAAACUCUCCGAUGGACUCCUAAAGAAGUUGAACACAACAUUCCUGACUCUCAAUGCAGUGUUUGAAGACGCGGAGGAGUUACAAGUUACGAAGCCUGUUGUGAAAGAGUGGCUUGAUGAGCUAAAAGAUGCAAUCUAUGAUGCAGAGGAAGUCUUGGAUGAGGUUGCUACUGAAGCCUUGCGAAGCGAGUUGGAUGCUGAAUUUCAAACCACUGCAAGCAAGGUACGAAAGUCCAUCUCUGCUUUUCAUAGUUCUUUUGCCAAAGAGAUAGAGACAAAGAUAAAAGAGGUUCUUGAAAGACUAGAAACCCUGGCAAAACAAAAGGAUGUUAUUGGCCUAAGAGAAGGCGUUGGAGGGAAAUCAUUUGAAAGAUUGCCCACGACUUCUUUAGUUGAAGAAUAUGAAAUUUGUGGUAGGAAUAGUGAAAAGGAGGAAAUAAUUAACCUGUUGCUCUCAAAUGAUGCAACCAGCAAUGAGAUGGGUGUUAUUGCCAUAUUCGGCAUGGGGGGGAUUGGCAAGACCACCCUUGCUCAACUUGUAUACAAUAACGACAGGGUGAAGCAGCAGUUUGACCUUGAAGCAUGGGUUUGUGUUUCCGAAGAAUUUGACGUGUUUAAGGUAACGAAAACAAUUCUGGAGGCAAUAACUUUGUCACCUUGUUAUGUCACGGAUCUAAAUCAGCUUCAACUUAAACUAAAGGAGUGUUUAAUGGGAAAGAAGUUUCUACUUGUUUUAGAUGAUGUUUGGAAUGAGAAUUAUGAUAAAUGGGAGACACUUUGCAAACCCUUCAAAUCUGGGACACAAGUAAGUAAGGUCCUUGUAACAACACGUAAUUAUAGUGUUGCAUCAGUCAUGCGUGCUAGUGCAAUGUCUCAUCAUCUGAAGGAGUUACCUGAAGAGGAUUGUUGGUCACUAUUUGCAAAACAUGCAUUCCAUGAUGGCAACUCUAAUGCACAUGGAGAGUUAGAAGUAAUAGGCAGAAAAAUCAUGACAAAGUGCAAAGGCGUUCCAUUAGCAGUCAAGGCAAUUGGUGGUGUCUUAAGAUCUAAACUAGAUGUGGAUGAUUGGGAUAAGAUAUUGGAGAGUGAAUUGUGGGAUUUGCCAAUUGAUGAGAUGGGCAUUCUUCCAGCUCUAAGAUUAAGCUACAAAUAUCUCUCUUCACAUCUAAAGCGAUGCUUUGCUUAUUGUUCAUUAUUCCCAAAGGAUUAUGCUUUCGAAAAAGAUCAAUUAAUCUUGUUAUGGAUGGCGGAAGGGUUUCUACAGCAAUCCAAAAACAAAACAAUGGAAGAAGUUGGGAAUGAGUAUUUCCUCACUCUAGAAUCAGGAUCUUUAAUCCAAAAAUCAAGUGGCGACAAGUCAUUUUUUGUAAUGCAUGAUCUUGUGAGCGAUUUAGCAAAAUCUAUAUCUGGGCAAUUUAUUUUAAGGUUAGAGGGUGAUUGUUCUCACGAGAUUGUAAACAAUACUCGCCACUUGUCCCAUUUUUCCAAAAAAAUGUUUCUGAGCUUGAAGAAGUUUGAGACCAUUCACAAGGCUAAGAGGUUGCGCACUUUCCUAUGUCUAAACAAUUUCCCCUACUACCACUUGAAUGGAAAAGUACUACAUAAUUUAUUGCCAACACUAAGAUGCUUACGAGUGCUUUCUGUGUCGAAGUAUCGAAACUUUACUGAAUUACCAGAUUCAAUUGGCAAAAUUAAAUAUCUACGUUACUUGGACCUUUCUUUCACUGAAGUUCAAAGACUGCCCGAUUCUAUAUGUCAGUUGUGCAAUUUGCAAACAUUGAUUUUGUUAAGGUGUGUGCAGCUUGCUGCAUUGCCAAGAGAGAUGUAUAAACUCAUUAAUUUACGGCAUCUUGAUAUUUCUGGAACCAGGAUAACAGAGAUGCCAGAACAACUCGGUAGAUUAAAAAAUCUCCAAACAUUGACUAAAUUUAUCACCGGCAAACAUAGUGGGUCUUGCAUUAGGGAGUUAGGAAAACUUACAAAUAUUCGGGGAUCACUUUCUAUAUUGGAGAUCCAAAAUGUUGAAUCUCCUACGGAUGCUCUAGAGGCAAGCUUGAGGGAUAAAAAGUACCUCAAAGACUUAGUAUUGGAAUGGAAUGUUGAUACUAACUUUUCAGAAAGCGAGAGAAUUGUGGUACUCGAUAGUCUCCGACCCCAUACAUACCUGAAAAGUCUCACUAUUGAACACUAUGGUGGUAAAAGCUUUUCGGAUUGGGUAGGACAUCCUUCAUUCUUUAAUAUAGCAUCUCUUGUUCUACGUAAUUGUAAAUAUUGCAGCAACUUGCCAACCCUUGGACAGCUACCUUCUCUACAUAAUCUCUCUAUAGUUGGGUUUGAUGAAGUUGUUACAGUGGGCCAUGAGUUUUGUGGCAAAAGUUCUUCUGUCAAGUCAUUUAGAUCCCUAAAAGUUCUACAUGUCGAGGAGAUGGUGAAUUGGGAGAAAUGGAUUUCUUUUGGUGCCGAAAAUGGAGGUGGGGUUUUUCCUCUACUUGAAGAGCUUUAUAUUAGGUACUGCCCUAAGCUAACAGGAGGAUUGCCAGUCCAUCUUCCUUCUUUAGCAAUACUUGAGAUUGAGAAUAGUCCACAGUUGGUGGCUCCACUCCCGAGGGCUCCUACUAUUCGUAAGUUGGAGCUAAGCUAUUGUAAUGAGAUGUUGUUAAAGGAAUUGCCAACUGGAAUGCAUAAGCUCAAAAUUGGAGGAUUUAAUGCAUUAGAGUCCCUUCCCGAGGUAAUGAUAGACUCCAAUGGCAAUCUUCAAGAGUUAAUAAUUCACAACUGCCCUUCACUUAUGUCCCUUCCAAAGGAUGGUCUUCCCUCUACAUUAAAAACCCUCCAGAUCAGUGGUUGUUCUUCACUUGUUUCCUUUCCCGAAGGAAUGAUAGACUCCAACAGCGGCAUUCAAAGGUUAGUGAUCUACAAUUGUUCCUCACUUGUGUCCCUUCCUAAGAAUGGUCUUCCCUCAACGUUAAAAACCCUUGAAAUUAGAUUAUGUGUGAAGUUAGUGCUCCUGACACACUUGGAGUGUUCAUUCCUUCAAAAAUUGGAGUUGGUCAACUGUGAUUCUCUCAAGUCAUUUCCAUUAGAUUUAUUCCCAAAGCUUUUUGAAAUCCCAUUCUCGUUUUGUAACAAUCUGGAAGCUCUUACAGUUCCAGAACAUUAUGAACACGAUUUAGUCACCUUGCAAAUAGAUAUAAUUGGUUGCCAUAAUUUUGUAUCUUUUCCGAAAGAGGGAUUGCGUGCCCCUAGCCUUACAUUGCUUUUCAUGAAUCGUUGUGGGAGUCUAAGAUCACUGCCUAACAAGAUGCACGUACUCCUCCCUUCUCUUCAGAAUUUGACUGUAACUGACUGUCCAGAAGUUGAGUCGCUUCCUGAAGGGGGCUUGCCAUCCAAUAUGAAAAGUAUUGUCAUUUUGCAAUGUGACAAACUUGUUGCUAGUCGGAUGGGGUGGGAUUUGCAGAACCUCCCAUUUCUUACAAGUUUGACAAUCACUGGCAUACCUGGUGUGGAGUCCUUCCCAGAGGCACAGUUGCUGCCCACCAAUCUGACCUUUCUUUCCAUUUCUAACUUUCUGGAUUUGAAAUCUUUGGACAAGGGGCUUCAACUCCUCAAUGCACUUGAAAACCUAGGGAUAGCUGACUGCCCUAAGCUCAAGUACAUGCCAGAACAGGGGCUGCCUCCCUCCCUUUCUUUUCUACAAAUCCGCAGUUGUCCUUUAUUGAAGAAAGAGUGGCGAGCUAAAAAGGGAAAAGAAUGGCGCAAGAUUGCUCACAUAGAAGAAAAAUGGAUUGAUGCUGAAUUGAUUGAAUAAGCUAAAAGUCUAGCAAGAGUCCACAAGUAUCGUCAUUCAAAACAAGUACAUCUGAUUUGAUGUAAGCAGUCGAUCCUCUUGCCCAAUGGAGGGAAGGAGUUGGGAUAAUGGGUCGUGGUCAUUGCUAUCGCCAUCCAAGCUUUUGCCGGUGCCUGAAUUUGCUUGGAAGAAAGGUUAAUUGGAAGAAAUACAGUCUGACAGUUGAUUCAGAUGUUCAGCUAUUUUGGGAUGAAUAGGUACUUGUGAAAGUGUUGUGCCAAAUCAACAUCAUGGGCAUUUCGGUUUCUUUUUCUUUUGUUGGAAGUGUACGUGUAGGUUCUGAAUAACCAUUCAGCACCUCAACUCCUAAAAGAUGCUAAGAUGAAAAGGGCCACUUUUUGGACAAAUUAAUUUUAGGAGGAUCGACCCUCUACUAAGGUUCAUGCUGCCCCAGGCGGUGGAUCUUCUUUGGGUUACCUCUUUGGUGGUGGGCCUGGUGGUAGUGGUAACUGAGAUAUGCCAUCCUAUGGACCGUACCAGAUGGAAUUAAUGUUUGUUGAUUUUUGUGGAACCUGUGCUUCAGAUGAGGCAAUGGAAACUUGCUGGAUUAUGUGAUGUAAUAUAUUGGUUUUGUGGUUGUUGUUUCGAAAAGGUUGUCUAAUAUCCACCCAGCACUAAACCAAUGGCAAGCUAGUACUGGUUCUGAUACCUUCAAUUACCAAACUGUUGAGAUGUGAAACUGAAGCUGGAUUUAGAUGGUGACAACAUCUGUUGACUAUGUGGUGCUGAUGUUCUGAGAGCUCCGAAAUGGUAUGUGUCAUUCGGUCAUUUUGGAAGAGUGGCAGUAACUUCAUGUUAGAGAAACACAUAGAGAGAGGCAGCAACUAAAAUGAGUAAAGGGGAGAGCAACUUUAGUUGAAGAGAAGAAGAAAGAGUGCAUCCCACUUUGGAGACUCUCAUUAUUUGUGUUGGCCACACGGUGGCUUAGAGAAUUUAGAAUGUUUUCUGUUUUGUAUAAUUCUUUUUUUGAGUGUGAGUUAGAGUGAGAUUUGGGUGUAUUAAUACUUUUAGGUUUGAGUGGUUUUCUCUGUAUUACUUUUUGUACUCUAUUCUUUUGAUAGUGAAUUUGUUC